AUGCAUCGAUCAAUAUAUUCAACCAUAUUAGUUACUAUAAUCAUUUUCCUUGUUUUCUUCUCAUCUCCAUUAUAUGCUGCACACACAAUCAUCAUAACCUGCAAGUAUUUUAAAGAAUUUCGAACUCACAUUGGUGAGGUUCCAGUAUGUUUUGUGAUCAGCAAUGAAUCAAUUAUUUAUGAUGAGACUUACAUCACUUCAAUCAGUCAUAGCAACAAAACUUUGACAAAAGACAGUAAAACAAAACAUUUUGCAACUUUAAAUAAAUUUUAUCAUUUUAUACCACAAGGAUUGGCAGAUAUCUUCGACAAGCUUCAAGGACUCGAAAUUGUUCAUUCAAAAUUAAAAGUUGUAAGACUGAAGGACAUGCAAGGACACAUUCAUUUAGAAUAUUUAAAUUUACGUGGAAAUGACAUCGAAUGUGUUGAUGGUGAUGUUUUUACUAACAACUUUAAACUUAAAUUUAUAUCACUUGCUGAUAACAAAAUUCGACGAAUUGAUACGAAAAUUUUCCUAAAUCUUUUAUACAUUCAGCAGAUUUAUUUAAAUGGAAACUAUUGCUCUUCCCAUAAAGCAAAUAGCAGACAGGAAGUUAUAAGUAUGAAAGAGUCAUUGAAGUUGAAUUGUGCACCGCUUUACAGUAAAUCUGGAGUACCAAUGAAAUGUGAACAACUUGUUAAAUUAGAAAUGGAAAAAUAUGAUUCUCGAAAAUUGAAUCAAAAAUUCGAAAAUGAACACAAAAUAAAUUCGGAAUUGAAAGAACAGUUGGAAAUGCAAACAAUUUAG